AUGUUACAGCUGGUAAAGAAGAGACUCUCAAAGCCACAUUCAGAGACUUCGAAGCAAUCUUCGUCCCGCAAGUCGAAGUCCUUGGAUGAUCAUUCUUCUACAUGUAUUGAUUCUCAGGUCCCCUCAACGGCUGAAACCCCAAAUUCACCGUUCUUAAACCUUCCAAUCGAUAUAUUGUACUUAAUCACCAAAUAUCUUCGCAUUGCCGACCUAAUAUCCUUAUCUCUUACGACGAAAUCCCUUCGACGCAUUUGUCCAAAACCAAGGAUACAUGCAUUCGGACCGGAUACAAAGGCCGAAGCAGAAUGUUUCUCUCGUAUCCAUCUUCGCUUUCUUCCUCCUGUAGCUCCCUUACAGGACAGAGAGAAAAGUACUCGAUAUUCCAUCUCUUCAUGGGCUAGUUUAUCAAAGCGACCUAAAUGCCCAUAUUGUUCCCACCCUCUCUGCUCUCCAGGUUGUACUUCCGCUCUGUUUUUGGAUACGACAACUGGUAUAUUCUUCCCUCGUUCUCUGUACAAUCUACCUCAAGCUACUUUUCAAUAUUCCCCAGAAUACUCCUCUACCAAUCCCCAUAAACAAAUCCCGCCAAUCCAUAAAAUACUUUCAAAGAACGGCCAUUACAAUCCCCAGCAAUCCGCCAGGCCGUUCACAUAUUCUACAAUAUGGUGCGACCACCACCGCUGCCCACGGGGUCUCUUAAUCCCGUAUUCGAAAUCCAAACGUCGAAGUUCCGGUGCUAAAUUGUUUUUAGAAGAGUAUAUGGAGCGAUGGGGUGAACUUCGAUUCUUAAUACGACUUAAAUCACCAUAUUCGAAAAUAAGAUGGUUAACAUGGGCAAAGGAUCUCGUGGGGUACGAGUUGAUGAUGCAACCGAUCAGAGGAGGCGCAGUGUAUAGCAAGAAGCCGGUUUAUGAGUAUGGGUUUUAUGAAACGUUCUGUAGACAUUGUAAGUUGGUUUGUAAGGAUUCUAGGAUGGGGAGUACGGUGUUUGAAAAGGUCUGUAGGUGUUAUGGGCAUACUGAUGAUCUUUGGUUGGGAGGGUGUAGGAGAUGUGGGUUGGCUAGUGUAAAGUUUGAGGUUGUGGAUGCCUUUGGGGGUGAUGAUAGGAAAUUGGCGGUUGCGACGGAGUGGAAAGAAGGGGGGAGGAAAGUUGAUCGACGUGGCGGAGAAGAGCAGGGUUGGGAUUAUGAAUUUGCCAACAGGGGUAUUGAAGAGGAUUAUGAGGUUCGUGGCAAUGCAAAGCGAAGAUUCUGGAGGACAGCCGUUUGA